AUGGCUGCCCUUGCGCCCCUCUUCAUCUGCGCGGUGUGUGCGUUGCUUUUAUCAGCUGCACUCUAUGUUUUAAAAGUUUUUAAACAAUCAGCUUUAAAUUUGCCUCCUGGGCCGUUUCCUCUUCCAAUCAUUGGUAACCUGCAUUUGCUGGACCUCAGAAGGCAAGACAAGUCACUGAUGAAGAUUGCAGAGAAAUACGGCCCCGUAUUCACCGUCCAUUUGGGGUUUCAGAAGGUGGUGGUUCUGACUGGCUACGAGGCAGUCAAGGAUGCCCUUCUGAACACGGCGGAUGUGUUUGCGGACAGACCGGCUAUACCCAUAUUCUAUCACAUCCAGCAUGGAAACGGUGUGUUCUUCUCUUCUCAAGAGCUCUGGAGGACAACACGGCGUUUCACCAUAGCCACCAUGCGGGAUCUCGGCAUGGGGAAGCAUCUUGGAGAAGAAAGGAUGCUUGAGGAGCUUCGCUUUCUUAUUGAGUUGAUCAAAUCCUUCAAAGGUGGACCUUUCCAAUUACGAUUUUUGAAUAUGGCUCCCACCAACAUCACCUUUGCUAUUCUCUUUGGGAAAAGGUUUGAUUAUGAAGACCCAACGUUUCUUACUCUGUUGAGACUCAUAGAUGAAGUUAUGCACCUUCUUGGGUCUCCAUUCUUGCACUUAUUUAAUUUCUACCCAUUCCUUGGGUUUCUCCUCAAACCUCACAAGACAAUACUGAAAAAAGUAGAAGAGGUGUGUGUGAUCUUAAAGAAAUGCAUCAAGGAAAGCAAAGAAAGUAUGAAUAAAAAAAAUCUGACGAGCUACAUUGAUGCACUGGUAUCCAAACAAGAGGAGGAAAAUAAAAGCAAUACACUUUUUCAUGAUGCAAACGUUUUGGCUUCUGCACUCGACCUGCUCAUGGCUGGCACUGAGACCACGUCCACGACGUUGCAAUGGGCCAUCCUGCUGCUGAUGAAGUACCCCGAGAUUCAAAAAAAGGUGCAUGCAGAGGUUGACCGCGUUCUUGGCCCUAGCUCCUUGCCUACCUUUGAGGACAGGAAAAACAUGCCAUUUACCAACGCGGUGAUCCACGAGGUGCAGAGAUUUGUCACCCUCCUGCCACAUGUCCCACGGUGCACUGCUGUUGACACCCACUUCAAAGGCUACUACAUCCCCAAGGGAACAACCGUGAUUCCUCUGCUCACCUCCGUGCUGCUGGAUAAAACGCAAUGGGAGACGCCCGACGAGUUCAACCCCAACCAUUUCCUUGAUGCGGAUGGGAACUUUGUAAAGAAGAAAGCGUUCCUGCCCUUCUCCACAGGGCGGAGAAACUGCAUCGGAGAAAGUCUUGCCACGAUGGAGCUCUUCAUCUUCUUCACAGGCUUGAUCCAGAAAUUUACUUUUAAGCCUCCACCUGGGGUCAAAGAAUCUGAGCUGAACACAACUGCAGAGGCUGGAUUCACCAUGAGACCCCAUCCACAGCGUGCUUGUGCUGUGCUACGGCAAUAA